AUGGAGCUUCAACUGGGUCUCGCUCUUCCAAGCAAUCCAAUCAAAGGCUUCGACUUAAAUAACUUUGGUUUCGAAGCUAAGGAAGUUGCAGCUGUUUCCAAACCUAUUCAUUAUGACAGCAAGAAACGCAGCUUUGACCAAGCUUUUGAUGACCACAACAAUAACACUAGUCGUUCCACUGCAGCCGUGCCUCGAACGCUGCCUUUGUUCCUUUGGAACAACAACCAACCAAACCACCACGAUAACGACGACGACCCUGAUAAGCACCAAGACAACAACUCCCGCUUUACCAUUGUCAUCAAAAAUGAUGGAGAUGGUUUGGUAGGGUGGCCUCCAAUUAAGUCAUGGAGAAAGGAGGCUUGCUUCCACAACCACAACCAUGGUCAUGGUCAUCGGACGGUGGGGAAUGGCUCUGGUUGUGGCAGAGGAUCAUCAAACCACCACCACUCUACAUUCGUUAAGGUGAAGAUGGAAGGAGUGGGAAUAGCAAGAAAGAUCGACUUAAGCCUCCAUCACUCUUUCCAAACACUCGCAGACACCUUGAUGGACAUGUUUGACAAAUGUCAGAUGGAUUCAAACAAUUAUAAACUCACUUACCAAGACAGAGAAGGAGACUGGCUUCUUGCUCAAGAUGUUCCUUGGAGAACUUUCAUCAGAUCGGUGCAACGUCUCAAAUUGGUUAAGAGGAGUGAUUAA